AUGGAUGAGAGUGUUCAUUCUAAAGGAUCGGGUUCGGAAGAUGAGCCUUUGGUGCCCGAUGAAUUUGAUGAACAAUUUUACAAAGAUUUAUUAAGUAAAAUUCCAGAGAUUACCAAAGUUGUGCGUCAAAAGGAUUCCCAACAUAAUGCCGACAAUAUUCAGCGUUUGGUGAUUUGCAGUAAUCGCUUCAAAUGCAAUUUUAAAUUGGAAAAAUCAAAGUGUCAAGAUUUAGAGGAGGACUUGUGUAAAUUAAGGGGUCAAUUGAGCGAUGCUCACAAAAUGACACAAUUGGAUCAAGAUACUAUAGCACAAUUGAGAGAAGUUAUAGAAAGUGCCUGGCGUCAAAAGGAUGCUGCUCAUAUACGUGAACAAACGGCCCAGGAUGAAUUGGUCAAGCUUAAGGAAACUGUGGAGGAGCAGAUGCAUACAAUUAAAUCAUUAAGUGAUACAAGAGCCAGUUUAAAACACCGCAGAGAUGAAAACAAAGAGAAAGAGAAUCUACAAACUGAAAUACGGGAUCUUAAUAAACGUUUGCAAAUGCAGCGCAAUUAUACCACCGAAUUGGAGACCAUGAAUCAGACUCUGGAGGAGAAAAAUAAAAAUUUAAUCAAAGUUUUAGAUGAAACCUCCACUGAAGCUUUUAAUAGUAAAAAACGCAUAGAUGCUCUAACCAAAGACUUGAAUCAGUUGAAGUCAGAUGAAUUGAAAUAUACAGAACAGAUUUCACUUUUGAAACAGCAAUAUGAGAAAUUGACCAAAAUGAAAGUAAGACAAAAUUUGCAAAUUUUGUCACUGAAAACCAAUAUGGAACACCUGAAUACGCAGCAUAAUGCCACAUGCAAUAAAUUGGCCAAAGUAACGGUGGACUUGGAAUAUGCUGCACAGGAGAGGGAUAAAAAUAAAAGAGACUUAACGCAAAAAUUAAAUAUAUUGAAGAUAAGAGAAGAUGAAAUUAUAAAAUGGAAACAGGAGAAUGUGAAAUUGGCCAAACUGCAAGAUAGUGCUUCAAGAAAAUACUGUACUUUGGAAGAAACUCGUAAAGAAUACGAACAAGAGAACUUAAGACUUAAAACCCAACUAAAUACCCAGGACAAAGAAUUUGAAGCCAUGCGCCGGGUAGUACAACAAUUUGAGAGAACUAACAAUAAUCUUAUCAAGGAAAGAGAUGCCUUGAAAAGUGAUUUUUUGCAAGAACAAAAACUAACUGAAGAGCUAAGACAGGUGAUACAAGAAACUCAACAUGAAAUACGUUCUCUUAAAGAUUCCCUGCACUUGGAAGAGAGAAAAUAUAAGAAACUGAAAGAGGAAAUAAAUCAAAUAAAUAUGGAAAAGAGCAAAAAGCUAGAUGAUAUACAAAAUUUAUUGGACAAAAUGGAUACCUUGCAAAGCAAAAUACAUUUAAAGGAAUCCUAUGAAUUGGAACUGAAACGCACCAUUAGUGAUUUAGAAUCUCUGUAUGCCAAAUUAAAGACACAACACGAUGUGGUCAUCAAUGAGAGCAACACCCAUCAACGCACUAUACAAACAUUGAAUGAGGACAAAAUCAAAUUGAAAUUUUCCAUUGAAAAUCUACAAAACGCCAUCGAAACUCUUAAGGGCAAAGUCAGCUAUAGGGAUGGCGAAAUCGGUAAACUGCAGCUACAAAUCGAUAAAAUGGAAAAGGAACGACGACUGCUAAAGAAUGAUCUACGCAAUGCCCAACUUAGCCAGCAACAAACAAAAGCGGAAUUACAUGAGAAACGUAAAGAGAAUGAUGUAUUUUGCAAGGCUCAACAAGAUGAAGAGAAAAGAUUACAACGUCUCAAGAGAGAUCUGGACAAUAUGAUAAAUGAGAAAAACUCGGUGUGUUUCACACUCACCAAAAAGGAGGAGCAAUAUAAUCUGCUUAAGGUGGAGUUGGAAGAUUUGCAAAGAUCCCAUGAUUUACUGCAAGCCGAGUUUACGCAAAACCAAGAAGAUAUGAAGCUAAUGAGAGUUGAAAUAAAAAAUCUGGUAACAGAGAGAAAUGUUUUGCGCAAAGAUCGCGAAAAUUCGGCUGAUUUAAGACAGGAAAUGCUACAAAUGCAUAGAUUGUUAAAUCAGGAAAGAAUUAAGGCAAGAGCUUUGCAAGAGGAAAUGAUGACACCCAUGAAUAUACAUCGUUGGCGGAAUUUAAAAGGAAGGGAUCCCGAGAAGAGUGAUCUGAUACACAGAAUACAAAUGUUAAGAAAACAACUUUUAAAUUAUAAUGUUGCCAGUUUGGAACAGGAAAGAGCUUUAAAGGAAUCUCAAAGACUUUACAACACUUUAAAGGAGUUUAUUGUUAAGCUACCGAGUAUAAAAAUCAAGGCAGAAUUGAAUGAAGUUAAGGCCACUCUUAACCGCAAAAACCGCAAACUAAAAGCCCUUAAAGCCGAAAUAACCACCAAAUCAAUUGAAGAGAAAACAAAUGUGGUCGAAAUCGAAGAUUUAAAAACAAAUCUCUGUAAAGUCAAGAAUCAGCUUUUGCAAGAGCGCAAAACUAAACAAAGACUUUUGGAGGAGAGACAAGCCAUAAUGCAAAUGCAGGUACAGUGUCUGUCGGCGCCACCACAAUUACAGGUGACUUUUAAUAAUACAAUAAAAACAUCGAAUGGCAUUUAAGAAAUAUAUUUAAAAAAUUGUAAUAUUUUUC